GGGCCGACGGGCUGGGGGCGGUGGCGCGAGCGCAGGCCGGGCACCGGGUCGCGCGCGACCGAGUCGCGGAGGCGCCGCCGCUGCAGUCGCCGCAUCUCCGAGGAUGGCUGACGGCAAGCCCAGGCCCGCCAAGCCCGCCAACAAGACGCCCCCCAAGUCCCCAGGGGACCCUGCCAAGGACAAGGCGGCCAAGAGGCUGUCGCUGGAGUCAGAGGGUGCUGGUGAGGGGGCGGCCGCUGCGGGCCCGGAGCUCAGCGCCCUGGAGGAGGCCUUCCGGAGGUUCGCGGUGCACGGGGACACCAGGGCCAGCGGGAGGGAGAUGCACGGCAAGAACUGGACCAAGCUGUGCAGGGACUGCCAGGUGAUCGACGGCAGGAGUGUCACCGUCACCGACGUGGACAUCGUCUUCAGCAAGAUCAAGGGUAAGUCCUGCCGGACCAUCACAUUCGAGCAGUUCAAGGAGGCGCUGGAGGAGCUCGCCAAGAAGAGAUUCAAAGACAAGAGCAGCGAGGAGGCCAUCCGCGAGGUGCACCGGCUCAUCGAGGGCAAGGCCCCCGUCAUCUCGGGGGUGACGAAAGCCAUCUCCUCGCCCACCGUGUCGCGGCUCACGGACACCACCAAGUUCACGGGCUCCCACAAGGAGCGCUUCGACCCGUCUGGCAGGGGCAAGGGCAGGGCGGGCCGCGUGGACCUGGUGGACGAGUCGGGCUACGUGCCGGGCUACAAGCACGCAGGCACCUACGACCAGAAGGUGCAGGGGGGCAAGUAGCCGGCGGGGCCUCCUCCCGCCGCCCGGUCCCCGCAGCCUCUCACUUCGUUACAUUCCUGUGCUCUUGGGCAGAACGUGGAUGCGGGGCGCCAGCCCUCCCUCCUGCCCAGACCCCAGCUUUCCUCGACCCCAGCACUCACCUCUUCUAACACACCUGCCUCGUCCCUGCUGGGAAGUGGACAGACGGCCCUUUCCCAAGUGUGUCCCGGGGCCAGCCUGCACCAGCCAUCUGGUGUGCAGGCAAAAGGGGCGUCUUCACAGAGCUGGUGGGACAGACCCGGUUGAAGCUGUGCUGACCUGCUGACCCAGGGCCGUGAGGGCAGCCGGGCCAGCGCACUAGCCGGCAGCACCAGCAAAGCGGAGGGAAACCUGAACAGGACGCCGCCGUGUCUGGGGGGUCCUGUGCAGGUGUGGGGGGCUGGGCACGCCGGCACACGCUUGCACACCCACGCACACAUGUGCACACACACACACACAGGCGCGCACACCUACAGACCAGGCCUGAGCCGAGCCAGAUGACCGGUCAACGAAGAAAAGAAGCCUCCUCAGUGACCAAAGGGGACUCAAAGUGUGAAGUUACAAGGUUUUAAAACAGAAACCUGGGGCAGUUCAUUUCAUUUUGCUUUUCUGAGAAAGAAUAAGAAACAGUGACUGCGUGUUUAUCGUCAGAAUGGCUCAGGGAGGACUCAGAAGACCCAUCUCUGUGACCAGCUCUCCCAAGCAGGGCAGGCGGACACGCUGGACUCUGGGCCUUAGUGAGGCUGCAGGUCACCUGGCUGCUGCCUCCUUCCUCCUCCCGCUGCCGCAGCCCUUCCAGCCUCUUUGGAGUCUCCUGAGGGGCCUUGUCCCUCCUCUCCAGCCCCGAGCACAGAAACUGCCUGGUGAAACCAGGCCAGGGAAGGGCCCAAGGCCGGACAUGUCUGUGGGGUUUGGUUUCUCCUAGAGGCCAGAAGCUGCAGUGGCCUCUCGGCGACGUGCCCAUUUGUGUGAACAUGGCCACAGCCUGGCCUGUGACCCGCUGGGCCCUGUGGUCCUGGGAAACGCCCAGGGUGGCAGGCUGUUGAGGGGCACUGCCUUUCCUGGCCGCCCCCGGGGAUGGUGGUGCCUGCACGGGCAGCUCUGUCCCGAGGCUCUGGGGCUCCACAGCACAUGGCACCAAAACCCAGGGAAGGACGGGGUAGCAAGCUUCCCGCGCCACUUCGAGGGCGUGAAUCACUCUUGUCUGGGCAGUUCCUAACUUGGGGACACUAAGGUGCCCGGCUAGUCCCCCCCACAGCCGGGAAGCAGGCCCCAGAGCUGGGGCAAGGCAGGUGGGAUGCUGGCCCCCACCUGGCUCUUCUCUCCUCCCCUGGAGACCAGAGUAAUGUAUGAAUGCACCUGAAGACGACCCCAAAGCUGUGGAGUGUUUGGACAGUGAGCUGACCACGCGCCGGCCAGUUCCUCAUCUGUGGUCUUGGAGAGGGCUUCUCCCUGGGGCCCGAUCAUCUGCCCAGAGGCUGCGAGUCUCCUGGUCCAAGGCUGCUUUACUCCCCUGCCUGCCCAGUAGCGCGGCCCCACCGUCACAGCUGUCCCAGAGCAGGACACGAGUCCAGCCCUCAGUCCCAAGCCGUGCAUGCCCACAAGGGCAGGGAGUGGCCCCACGCUGCUGCUCAGGGAGGGCUGUUGCCUCCUCAGCCCUUCUAGCCGGGUGGGGACCGGCCUGCCAGGAAGCGCGUGCAAACUGGGGCCUAAGCGAAAGAAAGGAGGCAAGCAGUGUCCGGGGGACGCAUCCUCGCACAGUCCACCCACACCGCCCGUGCAGGCUGGAACGAGCUCUGGGACGCGUCACUGCUGGCGGUCACCACAGCACCUCUCCUGCAGUUUGAGAAGGAGGCUGGGUGCACACAGUGGCCCCCAAGACAUCAUCCCUGCCCUGCGCUGGCGGCCCUGGGGGCUGGGGCGCCUUCCCAGGCUUCCUUCUCAGUCGAAGUGUCGCUCUGGGAACACCGUCCCGGCAGGGCAGGAGGCUGCCCGUCGCAGCCUCCGUACCCAGCCUCACGGGGCUCCCCAGGCUCAGGUGCCGCAGCUGCACGGGCAGCAGCGGCGCGUCUUUGCUGCAUGUCUCUGAGCCCCGUCCCCAAGCUUCUACUAACCCGCCCAGUCAACUAGAAAUGAGAUGUCUGCCGUGAGGACAGGCACCGCACAGCAGGCUGGCCGGGGAGCAGGCGCGGUGCAGCCAGGCCAGGAGAGCGGGAGAGGUCUGAGCACGCCACCCCCACGACACCGAGUCAUCCUGUUGGCACCGUAGGACUCCAGGCAGGGGUUCGUUCACCAGAGCGGAAGUUCAAGCUGUGUAAGUUUAGAACACUAUAGGAAGAGGUCUAUAUUUAUACUGGAGUAUUUUUACACCUCGAAGACCCUCAGCCUUAAGGUUUGAGGCAGGUGCCGUGGAGUCAGGCAGAGGCACGCAGGGGUCCCCGCCUGUGCUGCCCACGCCCAUGGCUGGGCGCUCGGGGCAGGCCGGGCGGCCCCCUGAAGCACCAAGUGGACAGAGGCUCACAGCCCCGAACCUGGGCCUGCUCAGUCCCCAGCUGUCAUAACCACUGAACGCCUCCCCCCCGCACCCCCCCCCCCCGGCACUUCAUCGCCUGGGGCUGCUUCUGCAGCUCUGUCAGCCAUGGGGAGGGGAUAAGUCACAGGCGCCUUGGCCCACGAAACCUAAAACCUAAGUCACAGGCACCACCUGGCCCCUCGCAAGGAAGUCGGCUGGUGCUGGCCAGCCCCGAGGACCCAGCCAGUCACUUCCUCCUGCACAAGCUGGCACACCCUGUCCUGCAGCACAUGCAGGCGGGAACACCGUCAUCACCUGUUCCGUACGGCACAGGCUGACAAUUCAGCUGUACUGUGAAGUCACCACAAGGCUAGAACGUCCUUUCAAGUCUGACCCUGAAUAGCUUCCCUCACUGAUUUACUACUGAACACUCUGUGAGAUCCCAUGGUUCAGGGGUGUGGCCUUGGUCCGUGGGCGUGUGGCUGGCGGUGGCCCCAGGCGGUGGUCGCCCUGCACGUUGAGAUGCUUUAGUUAACUCUUCCCAAACCAAGCCAAACAACGUUAACGCAUGUAACUCAAACUUGAAAGGGAUCCUGUGCUACUCGUUUGUACUGUUUUUUCAGGAAAGGGAGAUAACGUGUGUAUAUACAUGCGAUCUAUUUUUGCACUGUUUUCUUACUGUUCGGGAGCGAUGAGGGCAUCACUCUGUGUUGAUGUCGGGGUGCUGUGCCCUAGACCCACCCUCACCAGGAACUCUGGGGGCAUCUGUGGGGCCAAGGCAAAGGGUCACCUGUUCAGAGUUGCUGUCCAGGCCUGGCUUGCGAACCUGCAGCGAAACAGCUCGUGUCUGUCUCCACCCCUCGCGUGUCCCCGUUGUUAACACUGUGUCAUCCUGGUCAAGUGACAAAUAAAGGUGUUGAAUCGUA